GUGCUUUAUUGUUCCUUUAUUUUUAAUUCAAUAUGAACAACAGUGAUAGUAAUAAAAAAUUGACAACACAUGUCGAUAUGGUGUUUACUUCUCAUAUCGAACCAGCCAAUCCAUUUGCAUUUUCGCUUGAACAAAUGUCAAGUAUUGUAGUUCAGAAACAUAUUGAAUUUAUCAAGAGAAUGGGCGGUAUUGAAACAAUUGCAAGAGGGCUACAUUCAAAUCUUGACACUGGCCUGGAUUGGAAUGAAGCGCAUUUACCAUACAUUCGCAUAUAUGACAUUCAACACAAGCAAGAAGAAUACCAUGAACCUCAGUUACCUUUGUCCAUGUACGAUUCAGACACAUUUGAGCAGCGGAGACAAGUGUUUGGGUCCAAUGUGCUACCUCCUAUCGAAAGAAUAACUUUGCUUCAGAUUAUGUGGGAAGCAUUUCAAGACAAAACAUUGAUUAUGCUUACAACAGCAGCUUUGAUUAGCCUGACACUUGGAAUUUACGAAGAUUUGUAUACAACAGAAUAUGAUGCAUUAGGAAAUAUAAUUCCCGGUGUAAAAUGGGUAGAAGGAGUUGCUAUUAUUGUUGCUGUUGUCUUGGUGGUGAUUGUCACUAGUGUCAAUGACUAUCAAAAGGAGCAAAAGUUUCAGAAUUUGAAUGCUAAGAAAGAUGACAGAGAAGUUUGUGCAAUUCGGUCUGGUAAACCAGUCAUGAUAUCUGUGCAUGAUGUCCAGGUAGGUGAUAUCCUCAAAUUAGAGCCUGGAGAUAUCAUCUGUGCAGACGGAAUAUUCAUAAAAGGACACAACCUAAAAUGCGAUGAAUCAGCAGCAACUGGUGAAUCUGAUGCCGUAUCUAAACUUGCAUGGGACUUGUGCUGUACAGAACGCAAACCUUCUACAGAUUCGAUUGUGUGUAUAUCUAAAAGUGACCUUAUUCAUCAAGAAGGCUUUGAUUCUGACUUGGAAGAGAAAAAGUCUGAUCCUUUCCUGAUUUCUGGAUCCAAAGUGACUGAGGGUAUUUGUACUUUUAUCGUUACUGCAGUUGGUCCUCAUUCUUUUCAUGGCCAGACAUUGAUGGCACUUCGAACAAAAGAUGGGAAUACUCCAUUGCAAGAUAAACUGGAUAUUUUAGCAACAAGCAUUGCUAAAUGUGGUUUAUGGGCAGCUGGUCUGUUACUUGUCAUGUUAAGUAUUCGAAGCAUAGUAGAAUACGCCAAAGGAUCUCUAUCAACCAUACCUUCGGAUAUUGUGUCUCAUGUGAUGCAGAUCUUGAUCACAACCGUUACUGUUGUUGUUAUUGCAGUGCCUGAGGGUUUGCCGCUGGCUGUGACUUUAGCUUUGGCUUAUGCAACUCAACGCAUGCUUCACGACAAUAAUCUUGUUCGUGUAUUAGCUGCUUGUGAGACAAUGGGAAAUGCAACUACGAUUUGUUCAGAUAAGACAGGCACACUUACUCAGAACAAAAUGGUGGUUGUAGCAGGUACUUUUGGCUCUUCUUUUCGAUUUCUUAAAGACCCUCCAGCAUCUCGUACGGAUCUGAUUGAUAUCAGAGACUUGAAGCACAAAUUACCCAUUGCUUUACGUAACUUCAUCAACCAAGCCAUGGCCGUGAACUCAACUGCUUUCCAAAAUACAAAAAGCAUUGUAGGUAACAAAACCGAGACCGCCAUGUUAAAUUUCGCUCAAGACUAUAUGGAAUCUGCACCUUUUGAGUCUUUAAGGAAUCGCUGGCCUGUACAAGUAGUUUAUCCAUUCAGCUCUUCUAGAAAAACAAUGGCUACUGUGAUCUGUAUACCUCUUGAAUCAGGAUUGUUUAUUUACCGAGUGCAUAUCAAAGGGGCUUCUGAGAUGUUGUUGAGUUACUGUAGCCAUAUUGUCUCUCUCCAUGAUCCUUACUAUCAACAGCAUAAUCCAAACGAUACGACUAAUUAUUCCAUUGCCACACGCCUAAUGACUGAAGCCAAUCGUGAACGUAUGGUUAAAGUCAUCCAAAGUUAUGCUACACGAUGCUUAAGAACACUUGCUGUUUGCUAUCAAGACUUUGAUCACUGGCCAGAUCAAAUAAGACUAGAAGAUAUAUUGGCAGCUGGUCAACUGACAUUACUAGGAAUAGUAGGCAUUGAAGAUCCACUCAGGCCUGGUGUAACUAACGCAGUAGCCGCAUGUCAGCGCGCUGGUGUGUGUGUGAGAAUGGUCACAGGGGAUAACAUGUUGACAGCCAAAAGCAUUGCACGUCAAUGUGGUAUUUACUCUUAUGGCACGCUUGCUAUGGAUGGUCCAACCUUUAGGAGCUUAAGCAGAGAACAACGAUUGCAAGUAUUGCCUCAGUUACGCGUUUUAGCUAGAUCAAGUCCAGAAGAUAAACGACUGUUGGUGCAAACUUUACGUGAUACGGGAGAAAUUGUCGCAGUAACCGGAGAUGGCACCAAUGACGGGCCAGCAUUAAAAGCUGCGGAUGUCGGGUUUAGUAUGGGUAUCUCAGGCACAGAAGUAGCCAAAGAGGCUUCUAGUAUUAUUCUGAUGGACGACAAUUUUUCAAGCAUUGUCAAGGCCAUUUCUUGGGGCAGAUGUGUCAAUGACUCUGUAAAAAAGUUCCUACAGUUUCAAUUUACGAUCAAUGUAACAGCAGUCAUGCUAAUGAUGAUUACAUCAGUUGUUAGUGAUAAACAAGCUUCCAUUCUGUCAACAGUUCAGCUACUUUGGAUCAAUCUGAUAAUGGACACUUUUGCAGCCCUUGCACUUGCUACGGAUGCACCUUCACCCGAUUUGUUAAACAGAUUACCUGAACCCAGAACUGCACCCUUAAUUACCAGCUGCAUGUGGAAACAAAUCCUUGGUCAAAGUUUGUACCAGCUUGUAGUCAUUCUAGUAAUGCUGUACACGGAUAUAGUCAAUCUGUCCAAUGACAAGGCUACUUUACAAACAUUGAUCUUCACAACCUACGUGUUCUGCCAGGUCUUUAAUGAAAUCAAGUAUGUACAAAAAAGGAUAAAGUGGUGGCUUUUGAUUGGUUCAUUGUUUUAAUUGUUUUUGGUUUCAUGCAAUAGUUGCAGGAGAAUAGACAAUCAAAUGAACGUAUUUAAAGGGAUUAGAGAAAACAAGCUUUUUGCACUUGUGUUUUUCAUCAGUUGUUUAGGACAAGUGUUAAUAGUACAGUAUGGUGGUACUGCAUUCCAAACUGUACCACUUGAUCAAUAUCUGUGGUGCUUGAGCCUUCUGAUUGGGCUGAUCUCAAUACCUAUUGGCGCCACUUUAAAACUCAUACCAGAUAACCUAUUACAAUUGAAUUCGAAAAUGGAAACAAGAGCCGUACACACAAUGAAUCAAAAUGUAGAUUGUUGAUACUAAAAAAGUAACAUUUGAAAUCUUAUGUAAGGAGUAAGACCACUUUGACAAUAAAUUUAACCACAAAUAUAAAUAAACAAAUUGAUGACAUCACAACUG